CAUAUUUUGGCCACACUGCCAGACAUCUGUUUGCCGGAAUCGGCUUUGUGAUUCAUAUUUUUGGGAAGAAAAGAGUUAGGAAACGAGCGAAAACAUGGCUAAAAACACGUCCAGCAACGCGUUCCGCAAGAUUGAUGUGGACCAGUACAAUGAGGACAACUUUCGGGAGGACGACGGAGUAGAUAGCGCUGCGGUAGGGCCGGAUGAGAGUGAGAUUACAACGCUGCUGACGCAGGGGAAAUCCGUGGAGGCGCUUCUGAGUGCCCUACAAAAUGCUCCACUGCGUUGCAAAAACCAGAAUGUGAAGGACCACGCCCUGAAUAUUACGCUGCGGGUGCUACUGUCCAUCAAGUCGACGCAAAUGGACCAGGCCAUCGAUACCGUGGACCAGAACGACCUCAUCGACGUGCUGAUGAAGUACAUAUACAGAGGCUUUGAAAUCCCCUCCGAGGGGUCCAGUGGGCACCUGCUGCAGUGGCACGAGAAGGCCUUUGCCAAAGGAGGAGUAGGAUGCAUUGUUAGGGUCUUGUCCGACACAAAUCGCGCCUAGAUGGAAUUCCGUUAACCAAAGGCGGUCAUAGAGUCAUCAUCUUAACUGUUCCCUGUUUCAAAUACAGAUUCACAAGCACCGUGGAGCAUUUAAUCAACGCAGGAAUGGAGCACUGGAGCACUACAUCCACGUCUUUGGGAUAUGCCACGCCCCAGCUGAACCCCUCUUCUGUUUCUUUGCCGCAAUACAAAUGAUGUUUUCCAAAUUAGAUUUAAACUGGUAUCCAAGUAUUAAAGUUUUUAUUACGAAAGGUGA